AUGCCGAAAUCCAAGUGGUUUCCAAAGUUCAAGAAGGAGCUUCCACGGGCGGAUGGCAAGGUUUUUGUGAUCACAGGCACCACUUCGGGCACAGGUUUCGUUGCGGCAUGGGUCGUGGCAGAGCUGGGCGGAGAGGUCCUUCUGCUGAACCGACCGUCUCAGCGUGUGACCGACUCCAUGGAGAGCCUAAAGGAGAUCGUCCCAGAUGGAAAGUUCAGCAACAUCGCUUGCGACUUGCAGGAUUUCGAGAGUGUCCGCAAAGCGGCCGCUGAGAUCAAAUCGCAGUACUCAAAGAUCUACUGCCUCGCGAACAAUGCAGGUAUCAUGGCAACGCCAGACAAAGCAACAAAGGAUGGCUAUGACACCCAGAUGCAGACCAACCACUUGUCUCAUUUCCUGCUCACAGCAGAGCUUUUCCCAUUGUUGGAGGCGGAGGCAGAGCAAACUGGAGACGCUCGGAUUGUGAACCAUUCCAGCCUUGGCCGCCUUCACACCGUGAACAAAGGCUUGGAGGAAAAGUACUUCGGGAAAAAUGGUGGCAAUUUGGGCGGGGAUUCCAUCAAGUUGAUGGGUGGAGCUUGCUAUCAUCGCUACUUCCAGACCAAGUUGGCCAACUCGGUCUUCACUUAUGCCCUGCAUGAGAAGUUGAAGGUGCGCAACUCCAAGGUCCGCUCUCUUUGCGCACACCCCGGUGGAUCGAUGACGAACCUUGCCAAUGGUUUGAAGCAUGGCUGCUGCACGGACUGCUGCCUUAGCUGUCUCAUGCCGAGCUUACUCCAAUCACCCGAAGAUGGGAGCAUGGGGCUCGUCAAGUGUAUGGUGGCUACAGAUGCUCAGAGUGGCGUGCUCUACGGCCCCAAGAAUUCUGGUGCAACAGGACCAGUGAAGAAGCCACAGGAAGUGAAGGCCGAGCGCACGACGGUGGCAGAUCGAAAUGGGCAGACCAUGCCACCUGGCUCUCGGCUGGCCGUGGCUUCGGGCCUGCGCAUCGGUGGCACCGCGCGCAAGGUAGAGCUCGGGUUGCUGCGAAGUUUCCUCCUGGGCGAGCUGACGGAGGAGGUACCGGUUGACCGGCUCAUCGUGGCAGGAGGUGUGCAUGCGGACAAACAUGCAGAGAUGGAAUGCCGCGAAGGUCGCCUAAAGAGAAGCUGGCUUGCUGGCGGUGGGGUGCAGCGACCAGUCGCUGCCGCCGCGGAAGAGGCAGACCUCUUCCUGGCACCGCUCAGCUGCCGCAUGCGGCUAUGCCUUCAAAGUGGCGAAGGCCUUCGAGGUGCAAUUUGGAGCUCUGGUCGAACCCUGCCAGCCAAGUCAUCUCGAAGGUGCAGGUGGUGGGCCACGCUGGUCAGCCCCUCGCCCUUGCCCUCCGCGAAGCCGCGCGCGGUGCGAAACCUCGGUCCGCUGCAGAGAUACAGCUGCAAUGCUGGCGCGAGCAGUACCUGGCACCUGUGUGGCCAGACUUGCUGGCGCCCAAGGCAAGAUGCGGAUCGAGCGCAAGGCUGGACCAUGAGGCCGGAUCCGUUCAGCAUCGAGCUGAGUAGAGAGGCAAGCAAAGUCUUGCUCUUCGCCGGCAACUGCAAAGCUCCUCAAUGGGAGUUCCUUCCAGCGAGUUCAGAGAGCACAAGGAAACGGCACGAAGAGAAGGAUGUCCUGGCGAUUUGCGUCCCCGACUUUACUGAAGAUCCCAGCAUUCUGCUCAUCAACGAGGAUCUGUCCGUUCAGCUCAUCAAGUUCCGUUUGGACUAG